AUGGGAAGUAAAGCUGAGCUAGUUGAGGAGUUUAAAGAAGUGAAGAGGGAGUUUGUGAUGACCGAUUUGGACAUCAUGAAGUACUUUCUGGGUUUAAAGGUGGACCAAAGAGCAACGGGAGCAACUCUAGGCCCAUCACUUUUUGCAGCUAUCGCUGUUGCAGUUAUUUCUGUUUACAUCUCUUACAGAAUACGAAAGGCAAAUGAAGCAAUGAUGGAAAAGUUUUUGCAAGACUACAAAGCUUUCACGCCUACACGAUACUCUUACAACGAACUUAAGAAAAUUACAAAUCAGUUUGCAGAGAGAUUGGGAGAAGGAGCUUAUGGAACUGUAUUCAAAGGAAGGAUUUCAGAAGAUGUGACUGUUGCAGUGAAAAUCCUCAAAGUUUCCGAGGGAAACGGGGAAGAGUUCAUAAGCGAAGUUGGAAUGCUGGCUAGAAUCCACCACGUAAACGUGGUUCGGCUUGUUGGCUACUGUGCGGAAGGUUUCAGAAGGGCCCUUGUUUACGAGUUCUCACCAAAUGGUUCACUUGACAAGUUGAUAACUUCACCAGACAACACCAACUGUUUCCUCGGGUGGCGAAAGUUGGAGGCAAUUGCUAUAGGCAUGGCUAACGGAAUUGAGUACCUUCACCAAGGGUGUGACCAACAAAUCCUCCAUUUUGAUCUAAAACCCGAAAACAUUUUGCUGGAUCACAACUUCACUCCCAAAAUCUGCGACUUUGGCUUGGCUAAGCCAUGCGCCAAAGCUCAAAGCGCAGUGUCAAUUUCGACAGUUAAAGGGACCAUGGGCUACAUUGCACCAGAAGUUUUCUCUCGAUGUUUUGGAAAUGUUUCUUGUAAGUCAGAUGUUUACAGUUUUGGAAUGGUGCUUCUUGAAAUGAUAGGAGGCAGGAAGAUCACUGAAGUCGUGUCAUCAGGAAACAGAAGCAAUGUCAAUUACCCAACUUGGAUCUAUAAUCUCCUGGAAGAAGGAGAUGACAUAAGACUUUGUGUUGAGGAAGAAGGGGACGCUAAAAUUGCAAAGAAGCUUGCAAUUGUGGGGCUAUGGUGCAUUCAGUGGCACCCUGUGGAUCGUGUGUCCAUGGCUGUUGCGGUUCAGAUGUUAGAAAGCCAAGGGAAAGGCUUAACAAUUCCUCCCAAUCCUUUUGUUGACUCAAUUACAGCAAGAGAAGAUACAAACAUAUCUGCGAGGUGCGUCACUAGAACUUUGGAAGUAAUCCAAGAAGAGGAUUAGACAUACA